AUGAAGAAGCCGUUGCUGCUGGGCGUGACGGCCUUCUGCCUCUGUGCAUUUGUCACUGGAGACAAAUCGUUCCCCGAGAAGGAUGGGAUUUUACAGCUGCAAAAGGGAAACUUCAACAGGGCGCUGAAGAAAUACAAGCAGCUGCUGGUUCACUUCUACGCUCCCCUGACUGUACAGGGCUAUCGUGCGACGGCAGCGUUUGAAGGCGCCGCCGCAGAGCUUCAGGGGUCAGAGGUCAAACUGGCAACGGUUGAUGUGACAAAGGAGAAGGAGCUGGCGAAAGAGCUCGAUGCAGCAGACCAACACACAAUCAGACUGUACCUCUCUGGGGAUAAACUCAACCCUGUGUCCUGUCCUGUUCCUCAGAGUUCGGCCUCCAUCUUGACCUGGCUGAAAAGGAGGGCGGGGUCUGCUGCUGACCUCAUCACUGAUCUCAGCCAAUCAGAGGCCUCGGAGGAGCUGACUGUGGUUGGAUACUUUAAGGAACUGAACCAUGAGUACGUCCAGAUGUUCUACGCUGCAGCGAUCGACCUACCAGACAUUAACUUUGUUGUGACACAGAACGAUGAAGUCACCAGCAAAUAUGGUCUCACACAUGAUGUUGUUUUGCUGCUCAAAAAGUCUAAACUCAUCCAGGCUUACAGAAUGACGCCUCAGACGUCUAAAGAGGAGCUGAUCGUCUUUAUCACCGUCUACCAGAUGGAUCCCGUCACUGAGUACAACGGACAGACAGUCACUCAGAUCUUAUCCUUGCCUGUUUUAAACCAUGCCCUCCUCUUUGUCAACAAAAGCUCGGCAGACUUUGAAGAGAUUUUCUCUGCUUUUAACAGCGCUGCAGAGGCUUUCAGGCUGAAGAUUUUGUUUGUGUACGUGGACGUGAAUGAGCUUCGUAACGGCAGAAUGAUGGAGUACUUCCGGGUUCGCGAUUUUGAGGCUCCUCUCAUCCGACUGGUCAACCUGACAGAUCAUGUGACCUACCACCUGCCGUCUGACACCCUGAAUGUGGAGAACAUUAAAGCGUUCUGCCAGUCCUACCUGGAGGGCAAAGCUAAGCCUAAGAUGCAGAGUGAGCCGAUACCUGAAGGAUGGGACGAAAAACCUGUGAAGGAGCUAGUGGGGAUGACUCUGGAGAAAGUUGGCUUCAACCCCGACAAGACGGUUUUUGUCCUGUUCUACCUACCCUACAGUCGGGCGUCUCGUGCUCUGUUUCCACUGUGGGAGGAACUUGCAGAGGCCUUCAAACAUCGAGAAGAUGUGGUGAUCGCUCGUAUGGAUGCCUCAGCCAACGACAUCAACCUGUCGGUGCAGGGAGCUUAUCCGUCCCUCUGCCUGUUUCCUGCUCUGUAUGCUGAAAGGGUGGUGGUUUACACUGGAAAAAGGAACGUGAAAGACCUGCUGAAGUUUGUAGAUAAGGAGAUGGAGAAAGCCAAAAAAUACAGAGUAAAGGAGGAUGAAGACAGGAGGAAGUACAUGGAGGCUUUACAAGCUGAAGAGGCAGAAAAAGCCAACAAAACCAAAGAUGAGCUUUAAUACAAGAACAAAGACAGUCGUAGUGUGUGUGUGUGUGU